AUGGUUGUCAACUAUAGCAAAUGGGACAAUCUCGAGCUCUCAGACGACUCGGAUAUCGAGGUCCAUCCCAAUGUCGACAAGAAAUCCUUCAUUCGAGCAAAGCAGAACCAAAUCCACAUGGAGCGAGACAAGAGAAGGCAUGAAAUCAAGACUCUGAAAUAUGAGCGAAAGGUAAACGAUGGUCUGCUCGAGAGGAUCGACGCCUUGCUUCUAGCAUUUCGGGCACAUGCAUCGCAAGCUGUCGGAGCGAACCCUCACGAUUUCGUCAUGAAUGCAAUCAUGGACACUGCUCUCCCUCCCGAGCAGGAUAGCCCGCCCCAGCCGCCUGAAGAUGUACACUACAAGACCACUCAACCCAAAUACUCGGAAAUGAUUGCUGGCCUGGUUGACCAGGUGAAGAAGGAGCUGGAUCUAGAUGGCCAUGAAUGGUACCAAAAGUACCUUGAAGGCAUAUCGGCACAUAAGACGAAGGUACAAGGUUUGCAGAACGACUUGUUUGCGAGAUUAGCAGAGCUGGAGAAGGAAGAAGCAAGCAAGAUUACGAGUGACAAUAUGCAUGACGGAUUCAGUACGUCAUCAAUAGCAAAGGACAAGCCAAAGGCAGAGCCGAAACCGAAGAAAAAAGGCAAGGUCGAGUCUGUCGAAGUCUUGAAUCCAGCUGCGGCCAAGAAAGCCAAGCUACAGCGACUGGACAGUGGAGGACAAACUUCCGGCGCAGAUGCAGAUGUCGAUGAACCAGAAGACGAAGCAGACGAUCAAGAUGAAGAAUUUGAGGUCACAGAGCUAGGAAAACAGUUCGCGAAGAUCAAGAUUGGGAACUACCAAGACUGUCUACGAUUUAUAGCAGAACAUCCGGAAGUGACCCAGGAGAAGGAGACUGAUGGUUUGCUCGUGCAAGCAUUCACUGCACUGGAAGAGGGCAAAGGGACAUAUGCUAAACAGUGUGUGCAUCAAGGGCUUCUACUACAAUACUGUAGGACGCUGGGCAGGGAUGGUAUAGCAAUGUUCUUCAAACGUAUCACAACACAAGGCCAUAGUGCUCGAAAGAUCUUCCUCGACGACGUCAACACUACAUACAACCGCAUUGAAUCACGAACAGCUGAGUUGGCAAAGCAGCGUGCAAUGCACCCGAAUGCUGAAGAUCAAGGUGGUGUGGAACAGAUCCAGCUUCACGCAGUUGAGCCAGGGACACAGAUCCAAGUCAACAUUCCAAAGCCUGGUAGCGAUGAGGAGGUCGAACAGCACGCCCGCGUCGUAUUCGAACGGUUUCCCCCUGGUCUGCAACGUGCUAUGGAAAGUGGUAGCUUAGAUCGAAUUAACGAAGUGCUCGGGAAGAUGAGUGUCAGUGAGGCCGAAGAGGUUGUGGAGCAAAUGGGCGAGAGUGGAAUGCUUAGUAUGGAAAAAGGAGUCAUUGAUGGCAGGACAGACGAGGGCCAACAGAAGAUUAAAGAGCUUCAAAAGGGGGCCGCAGCAGGAGAUAAAGACGCUGCUGCUCAACUGGAACAGCUGAACAUGGAAUCCGAGCAGAUUGAGAUUGCGGACCCAGACUGA